AUGAAACCAGGCAAUGUUACACGACUUUCAGAAUUUCUACUUCUUGGAUUUUCAGAGAAAACAGAACUGCAGCCCAUAAUAUUUGGGCUUUUCCUCUCCAUGUACCUGAUCACUGUGUUUGGAAACUUGCUCAUCAUCUUGGCCAUCACUUCAAACUUUCACCUCCACACACCCAUGUACUUCUUCCUCUCCAACCUGUCCUUUGUAGACAUCUGUUUCACCUCCACCACCAUCCCAAAGAUGCUGUGGAACAUCCAGACCCAGAACAAAGUCAUCACCUAUGAAGGCUGCAUCACUCAGAUUUAUUUUCUCAUACUCUUUGCAGUGCUGGACAUCUUCCUCCUGACCGUGAUGGCCUGUGACCGGUUUGUGGCCAUCUGUCACCCCCUGCACUACAUGGUCAUCAUGAACCCCCGGCUCUGUGGACUGCUGGUUCUCCUGCUGCUAGUUCUGAUGUCCUGGAUCUUGAGUGUCCUGAAUUCCUCUUUACACAGCUUGAUGAUGUUGCGACUGUCCUUCUGCACAAACUUGGAAAUCCCACACUUUUUCUGUGAACUCAAUCAAAUGAUCCAACUUGCCUGUUCUGACACCUUUCUCAAUAACAUGGUGAUGUACUUUGCAGCUGUCCUGCUGGCUGGUGGUCCUUUUGCUGGUAUCAUGUACUCUUACUCUAAAAUAGUUUCUUGCAUACGUAGGAUCUCGUCAGCUCAGGGGAAGUAUAAAGCAUUUUACACCUGUGCGUCUCACCUCUCCAUUGUCUCUUUAUUUUAUUGCACGAUGCUAGGAGUGUACCUUAGCUCUGCUGCUACCCACAGCGCACACUCAAGUGCAACAGCCUCAGUGAUGUACAGCUUGGUCACACCCAUGCUGAACCCCUUCAUCUACAGUCUGAGGAAUAAAGACAUGAAGAGGGCUCUGAAAGCGCUGUUUGUGAAGGGAACUGUAUAA